UGCAACCUGUGACCACACAUUUGCUCACCAGUCAAUGGCUGGGCUACGGAGACCUCCGGCUCUUGCUUAAGCCGGAAGACUGCUAGGUACCCUGACGCCCUGGCUCAGGCCGUGGCCAGCUUGAUCCAACCAUUGUUAAGCCGAGGACCACCUCUCACCAUUUCCACAGCGAUGGCAUUGGUCCCUGUGAAAUCUCCUCGAGCCGUAGUUGACGGGGGUGGGAUCCCAUCGCCCCCUGAUUGGGCCGAUUGGAGUCGCCCUGAAACCCCACACAAUGAUUUCCAAUCUUUGCGACAGUCUUGGACUCAACUGGCUUUGAGUGCCAGACUGCCUCAGCAACUAAGGGUGCGCUUUCAGUCUCAAUCAAGUGACCCACCCACCUUUCACUGAAGCCCAACUAGCACCUUUCAAGCAAUCCUUGGAUGACUGGUAUUUUCAUCAGACCCAAAAACAUCUAGAUUGGAGUAUCCCUGUAAGCCAGCCUUUUGCGCUUCACGCCUUGCAGGCCAUUGCAGAGCUUCUCAAAGAUCCAGAUGUGGCCCUGUGGCCGGCCUUAUGGGCCGGCGUCCCAACAGGGUUCAAAAAGGACAUUCCCCCCAGCCAUGUGUUUGGGCCAGCGCCUGAUGACUCAGCCUCUGCGCCCCCUGAUCUGUCAGUCCAUCUGACCAACUGGCAGUCAGCAGAAGAUCAUGAGGACAUUGUCAGUGGCUUACUUCAAAAGGAAAUAGCUGAGGGCUGGGUUCGAUGUUUCGACGGAGACUUGGCCGCUGCCCAGUCUCAAUGGCCAGAUUGCCUGGCUGUAGGCAAGCUGUCCGUCGCUUUCUCAGAUGCUCGACCUCCUCGAUUAGUGAUGGACCCCACAGUCUCAGGCACGAACCAUUCAUGCCACGUGCCUGACAAGCAGACCAUGCCAACGGCUCUAGAUGUCACUCGAGCUUUCCCAUUGCGAGAAUGCCCAGAGCCCCAAAGCGCAUUCGGCCUGGACAUCAAAAGCGCCCACAAGCGCAAGGUCUGUUGAUGUUCCAGUUUCGAGGCAAAUUGUAUUACUAUACAGUGUGCCCGUUUGGUGCCAAGUUCAGCCAGCAUUGGUGGGGGCGCAUGGGCUCAUAUCUAGUCCGCCUCUUCCAUCGAUUUUUGUACACCAAGCAUGCGCUGUUUUUGUUUGUAGAUGAUUUUCUACUUACUUCGCCAACAGUGGUCUUGCCAGUGCAUGCCACUUUCCUUUGCCUCUUGUGCCAAGUGUUUCAGGUUCCAGUGAGCUGGACGAAAUGCAGUUUGGGUCCAAUCCAGACUUGGAUUGGCUGGUCCUUUGACUUUGGAGCCGGCCUCGUCAGACUACACGAGUCCAAACGCGCCAAGCUCAGGGCAGGAAUAGCCCACCUAUUGCAACACACUAAACUCAAGAAAAAAGCUUAGGACUGGCUAUGUGGUGUACCAGUCUUUUCCCCACCAUUCGCAUUCACCUGCACCAUUUGUAUGCUGACCUUGCAAAGCCAGUAGACACGCAGUUUAGCUGUGGACCCGACGACUGGCUUGCCUUGCAAACAGCGUUAGAUGACGCCUUAGUGUUUACCACCACGCUCAGGGGUACCGUGAUUUUUCCUGGGAGCAAGCUCGUGUCAGUGAGGCACCGUGCAGUCACCACCCUUGCUGAAGUUAAAUCAGUGCCUAUCACGGAUCGCAGGAUCUGGAUGCGCAUCCGCGAUCCCACCACCACGACUCGUAGGUUGUCCCAGGAAUCUAAGAGCACCUUGGACCUUUUGCAGCAGUGGCUUUCCUGGGAUUCGCCCCUGCUAUCCAUGAGACCCAAGCCCUUGUGGCCUGGGGCAGCAUUCGCAGACGCUUGUGCGAAUGGGGCAGUUUGCGGCGUUGGCGGUUUUCUGAAAGGACCGAACGGCAUGUGCUGGUUUUCAGAGACUUUCCAGCAUAGUCACUUUGCAGCGCUGCCGCUCAAGCUGGACAUGGAUCUGCAAAAGAGCAUUUCAUUUAUUGAAACGCUGGCACAGUUUGCGCUGUUACACUGUUUGGUUCAGUCUCAUUCUGCCUGCAGAUUGAAUUGGAAGAUCACGAGCUUCACUGACAACACAGGUGCUGAGGCUCGUCUGAACUCCUUGUUCAGUACACAGUAUCCAAUGAAUUUCCUUCUUGAAAGAAUCAGCCUGCUGCUGUCCAAACACCAUCUCAUUUUGGACACGCAGCAUGUGCCGGGCUGCAGCAACGAUUUAGCGGACAUGCUGAGCCGCUGGGAUGGCGUUUCCAUCCUGCCACCGCAGUUCACUCCUGAGACACGUUACAGAGUUUCACUUCAACAGUUGUGGCAUUUUCAACCUUCGCCUAAGUUUGCUCCUAGCUCCAGAAAGCCUUCCUGGCUUCGCGCUUAACUGCC